AUGGAAGACGUGGAUGCGCGAAGAACAGAGGGUAACGCUCCAAAGUCCCGUCGAUUGCUACCAGGCGAAUCCGAGGCAAUGAAAUUCUUGAAGAAAAGAGAUCAUAUUCUCAUGAUCGAUAACUCCAAACACAUGCGAGAGUUUAAGGUCCAAGUUCUGAAUGUUUUCGCUAAUCUAGCCCACAUCCUCGAAGCCGCAGAUCCAAACGGACUUGAUGUGAUUUGCACUUCAGAUCCUGGGAAUAUGCAACACAACAGAGCUACAGAGAGACUGGUUCAAUUUGUGCAGAACAACUACGACAAAGGUGCAUCGUCCCCGUGCUACAUUGAGCCAGCACUGAAGAUUCUGGUCGACAAAAUCAUUAGCAAAUUACCGUCUGGGCCAGGUGAGAAAAAGGGGCUGAGAUCUUGGAUCAAGAACGAAAGUGCUCGGCCUAUCAGCAUCUAUGUCUUGACCAGUGGUGUUUGGGACUCCUCUCCAGGAGCCCGAGAUGGUCCUUGUGGUGCAGAUCGACCCAUAAACCAGCUCAUUACGGAGCUGAAAAGACGCAAUCUUCAUAAGAACCAAGUAGCAUUCCAGUUCAUCCGUUUCGGGGACUAUGCGACAGGCAUAGAACGACUGAAGUUCUUGGAUAAUAGCCUGGGGAAGCCAGACCAUAAUGGUGGAGUAUGGCCUAUGCUUGUCGGAAGCCUUGACGAAGGAAACGACAGGGAGGAUGACACUUGA